GUUUACCAGCCUCAGGGGGAGGAAGAACAUGCGGAGAUGGAGAGCGGCUGCAAAGGCGUCCUGGCCGUGCUGGUGGUCCUGGCUGGGCUGGCAGCUUCUGGAUCCAGCUAUGAAAUCAUAGAAGGUCCCAAGAAUGCAACGGUGCUGAAGGGCUCAGAGGCUCGCUUCAACUGCACUGUCUCGCCUGGCUGGAGGCUCAUCAUGUGGUCUCUGAAUGGUACUGUGGUUCUGAGCAUCACGCCCACGGAGCCCAUCAUCACCAAUGACCGCUUUACCAAUGCGAGUUAUGAAGAGGGCGGUAACUUCGUUUCUGAGAUGAUAAUCCAUGAUGUGCAACUCAGUGAUGCGGGGCAUAUCAAAUGCAGCCUCCAGAACAGUGACCGGGAUGCAUCCGCCUUCCUCUCGGUCAUAGUUAUGGGGGACUUGCUCAUUCCCAGUGGUGUUCUUGUAGUCACUGAGGAUGAACCUUGUAAUGUGACCUGCCAUGCACUGGGCUGGACCCCACUCCCAAAUAUUUCCUGGGAGAUCGGUGUUCCGGUGAGCCAUUCAAGCUACUAUUCCCUUCCGGAGCCCAACGACCUUCAGAGCGCAGUGAGCAUCCUGGCUCUCACGCCACAGGGCAAUGGGACUUUGACUUGUGUGGCUAAUGUGGAGGUGCUGCAGGUCCACAAGUCUGUAACUGUAAAUCUUACUGUGGUUCAACCUUCCUUGGGCAGUGUUGCUAAAGCAGGUGCAUCAUUGCCUACCUGGGCCAUAGUUCUACUCGCAGUCUCAUUGUCAUUGCUUUUGAUCCUGAUAAUUGUUCUGAUUACAAUAUUCUGCUGCUGUUGUGUCUCCGGGAGAGAGAAAAAAGAAUCUAGUUAUCAAAGUGAAAUAAGGAAAUCUGCGACCAUGAAGACCAACAAAGAAACUUCUGAGACAAAGUUAAAAAGUGGAAAUGAAAACUAUGGAUACAGUUCCGAUGAGCCAAGGACCACAAAGACUACUUCUGUCCCUCCAAAGUCCUCCGAAUCCAGUGUUCCAGAACAACACAGUAGGCAACCUCGUCAGGGAACUGAUGACCGUCAGCAGAGUCCAGCAAGUCGUUCACAGGUUUCCUUUAUCAUGGCCAGUCCUAGGAAGGUCAGGAAUGUGACUUUAGUAUAAUCUAGUCAUCCUUUGGGCUCCAUGUUGCACUU